UUCACACCAGCUCAAUGCUAUCCCACUGUCUGUUAUCAGGCAACUGAACCAUUCCAUCGACCACUAGAGUGCGGCCUUGAGCUACUCUCUUCCUCAUUGGAGAUGCCCGGACAACCUUAAAUAAGAUUUUAAUGAUGUUUAGCUUGCACUAAGCGUUAUUCACGUUAUUCCCUUGAUCAUAUUUCUGUACCCUGUGGAUGGCUCGAUUGUAAUCAUGUAUUGUCUUUCUGUUGUCAUGUUAGCACGCAACAAAAGCUUUUUACUGUGCACAUGACAAUAAAUUAAACUAAGCUUCUGCAAAGUAGAAGCAAUUUACAGAUGCCAAUUAACCUACAAGCCUUCUGGCUUCCAGCUUUCUUUCGUCCUGCCCUUCAAUCAGUCUGAAGAAGGGUCCUAAACCCAGGCCCGUACGAAGCUUUUCAUAAAGGGGGGUGGCAUGACAAGCUUCCAAAAAUGUUAUGUGAAAAAAUGUGCACGCAGUGCACAUCACAAGCGGGAAGCCCCUCACGUUCGGGUUCCAUGGCCCGCUUAAGGGGUUAAAGCUUUGGGGUUUUAGAUGCCCUCUGAUGCAUUCUGAGCCUUAUUUUGGAGCUUUUUGCACCAAAUUUAAAGAAAACCUUUUUUUAGAAAAUGUUUUGUGUGUUGAUUUGAUUGCCUGUUACUGUUAGACUGUGUUAGUGCGUGCAGUACACCGUUAAUGGUCCUCCUGACCUAACAACUUCACAUCACAUCAACUUCAACAUGAAAUAGUUCCAUUUCCCGAGAAUGUAACUGUGCAAACCUAUUCACCACUUUGUCCAAGUCAUGGGCAAAGUCAUAGUGAAUGUGCAUUAAGGCGAGUGCAGACAGCCUGUCAUUGUUCAUGGAAGUCCUGGUGUAGUGAUGCAGGGAAUGGACACUCGUGGCACGCCUGCAUAUAUUGCCAUUUAGCCAUAAAUCUUGUUUUCCAGUUCCAUUUUCCAGGAAUGUAACUGCGCAAACCUAGUCACCACUUUGUCCAAGUUAUGGGCAAAGUCAUGGUGAAUGUUGAUGAAGGCAAUUGCAGACAGCCUGUCAUUGCUCAUGGAAGUCCUUCUUUGCAGAUGUGAAAACGUGUUUGUCCUCGUUGGCUGGAUAAAAGUAAGAUGCCGAGCGAGAUCGCGCCCACUGCAAGCUUGCCGCCCAAGGCGAGCAUCUCUCUGCCGCUAAGGCUCAUGUCCUAGGGUCCCGGCUACCCCCGCAGUCAAAUGGAGGGGGACAGGAUGGGUCGGCAGAGCGCUGUGGAGAGACUGGCUGCCGACAAGGCCAAGCACUUGAAGAGCCAGACGGCGAGAUGGUGCAAAGGUUUGGGGCAGCUCUGCCUCUGGGGAAGGCAGCGGCAGCGGGGCCAGCAGCAGGAUGAAGACUUACCUGGCCUCCGGCAGCCCCCAGCAGAGCGGGCAGCUGGGGCUCCCACCUGACAUUGUGCGUCGCUCCAGCUCCAAGAGGCAGCUCAGGCCUGACUCGCUGGCCAUGUACCGGCAGAAGUGCGAGUUUAUGCGAGGAGCGGCGGCCACCAGCAGCGCCCGCAGUUUCAAGGGCACUUGCAGCCUGGUCCGUUGGCUACUGCCCGGCUCUAGCAGCCGGGGCGACAAGCAGCAGGGGCUGGCAACGGGAGCAGCAACAUCAGAAGGGGGAGAAUUGGCAGAGGGGACAGAGGCUGCAGCACCCCAUGGUGCACAAGUAACCACACCAGCAGCCCUCCGGGGUUCACAUGUAACCACAUGGAGCACCCAAAGGUGCACAAGUACACCAGCAGCACCCAACGGUGCACAAGUACCCACUCCAGCAGCGCCCCAGGAAGCACCAGUCGCCACGCCAGCUCUAUCCCAGGGUGCACAAGUAACCACGUCAGCAGCGCCACGAGAAGCAGCAUCAGGUUGCCCCAAGGAGCUGCUCAAGCGGCUGGUUGGUGAAGGCGGAUUAUGGCGCUCGCGCUCUGACUUAAGCUGCCGCUUCUCCCGAGCCUGCUCAGGCUUGGACAGUUUCUUCGAGCACUGCGGACUCGAGUCUGAGGUGAUCGAGAACCUGGCCAGGGAGAAGUUUGCCGGCGGCGCCGCCUUCGAAAGCCUUACCCUCAAGUUUCGCAGCGUGAGAGGCCUGUCCCACUUGGGUGACAUUUUCGGCGACAGCCUGAAAAGAUGUUGUCGCGUCGUGGUUGGGCCUGAUUCGUGGUGACGCAUGUAGUGACACGCGGUGAUUGCCUGUCACCUCUGGAUUUUGGAAUGUUCAAAAUCCAGGGGCGAUAUCUGGCUGUCUCAUCAUGCCGUGCGCCCUGUCACACACUGACGUAUGCUGUCCUGCGGGUGACGACCGGUUAGGGUUAGGGUUGGGGUUAGGGACCACAGGUGGGCUGUAAAAUAUUCUUCCAUCAAUGUAUGGAUUUUAAUAAUUAAUAUAU